AUGACGCCUCCUCUUCCCCCCUCCGUCCCUUCAUCGUCGGCUCGCGCUUGUCCCGCCCUUCCACCCUCCCGCUCUCACUCCGUCGCGCCGCAUCCGCAGGUAGUCGUCGAGACCGGUAAGAUUGGAAAACAAGCAAACGGCGCAGUUAUCGUGUCCGAGGGCGAGACACAGAUGUACGUCACGAUAUGCGCGGGACGCGACGUCGUCGCGGACGGCGGCUUCGUCCCGUUAACGGUGAAUUACAUGGAGCGAUUCAGCGCCGCGGGGAGGACGAGCGGCGGGUACCGAAAACGCGAUGGCGGCGUCCGUGAACACGAGACUUUAAUCGGACGGCUCGUGGAUCGACCGCUUCGACCGAUGAUCCCGAAAGCGUGGGCGUACGAGACGCAGAUCCUGCAGUGGGUCCUAUCAUACGACGGUAACCGAAGCACGGACGCGCUCGCGAUCACGGCGGCGUCUGCGGCGGCGGCGGUGUCGGACGUGCCGCUCUCGAAGCCCGUGUGCGGCGUCAGAGUCGGGUUCCUUCCAGGCGAUGCGACGCCGAUCGUGAAUCCGACGACGGAGCAGAUGGAGAACAGCCGACUGGACCUUCUGCUCGCGGGGACCGAAGACGCGGUGAUGAUGAUCGAGGGGUAUGGGGAUUUUCUCUCCGUGGACGAGAUGAUCACCGCGAUCGCCGCGGGGCACGCCGCCAUCGCGAGCGUGUGUCGAGAACUCUCAAAGUGGGCGGCGGAGGUUGGGAAAGCCAAAGCGACGGAGCGGUUGCUCACCGCGCCGGACGGGAUCUACGAAUCCGUGAAAGCGGCCGUCGGCGAUGAGCUCGCGGUGGCGAUGGCGAUCGGCAAGAAGCAAAUCCGCGGCGCCGCCGUGGAACGGCUGAGGAGCAAGGCGAUCGAGAUGGUAUCGGGGCUGGACAAGGAGAACGCCGCUUACAAGGCUUCUGCGCGUGCGGCCCAACUGCCGAGUGCGCACAUGCACGCGUUGUUAAAACCGCGAGCACUUCGAACGCACGCUCGGCCUACCCUGGGGUCGCACCCGGGCACUUCCGGUCCGGAAGACGUGCGACUCGCGUGCGAGAAGAUUGAAUCCGAAGCCCUGAGGGACAUGAUCCGAUCGCGCGGAACGCGGCAGGAUGGAAGAGAUGUGUACACGGUGCGUCCGAUAUCGUGCGAAGGUGGUUUUUUACACCGCACUCACGGCAGCUCGUUGUUCACGCGAGGCGAAACGCAAGCGAUCGCGGCGGCGACGCUGGGCUCGCAGUCGGACGCGCAGAGGUUCGAUGGCAUCGCGGAGAUGGACGACCGCCGCUUUUAUUUGCACUACUUCUUCCCCCCGAGCAGCGUCGGCGAGUGUGGCAGAGUCGGCGCGGCGAGCCGAAGGGAAGUUGGGCACGGGAACCUCGCCGAACGCGCGCUCGCGCCGGUGCUUCCCUCUAAAGACGAGUUUCCAUUUACGGUGAGGUUAGAGAGUACGAUCACGGAAAGUAACGGGUCGUCGUCCAUGGCGACCGUGUGCGCAGGGUGCCUCGCGCUCCAAGACGCGGGAGUGCCGAUUCGGAGAAAAGUAGCUGGUAUCGCGAUGGGGCUCGUCUUAGGCGACGAGACCAAAGGCGAAGACGCGAUCGUGCUCACGGACAUCCUCGGAAGCGAAGACGCGCUUGGGGACAUGGAUUUCAAAGUCGCCGGCGACGGCGAAGGCAUGAGCGCGUUUCAGAUGGACAUCAAAGUUGAGGGGAUCAGCCUACCGGUGAUGCGGACCGCGCUCGAGCGCGCGCGCGAGGGGUUGAUUCACAUCCUAGGCGAGAUGGAUAAAGCGGACCCAUCGCCGCGGAAGGGGGGGGAAAUGUCGAAAUACGCCCCGAGGAUCGAAGUCGUCGAGGUGAACACGAAAUACAUCGGUAAAAUCAUCGGCAAAGGCGGCGAACAAAUCAAGUCCAUUUGCGAAGAGACGAGAAUCGACACGAUCGACAUCAAUAAUGACGGCGUGUGCGUGCUCACGGGCUCAUACGGGUGCGACAUGGCACGCGCGUUGGAGAUUAUCGCCGAGCUCACGAUCGAGCCGGAAAUCGGAAAAAUUUAUCGAAACUCGCGCGUCACGAAAGUUUUAGAGUUUGGCGCGUUCGUGGAGAUCUUACCUGGCGUCGAAGGGCUCUGCCACGUUAGCGAGCUUGACGUCACGCGCGUCGCGAAUGUCAAGGACGUCGUGAACGAUGGAGAUUUCAUAGACGUGAAGCUGUUGGAAACGAACGAAAGAGGGCAAUAUAAACUGAGCCGCAGAGAGGUGCUUCUCGACGACGGAAAAGGCGGCGGAAGCGGAGGCGGCAGCACGCCGCGAGAAGACCCUGCGUCGCGGUUCUUGAGCGAGAAUGGGCAAAAUUUCAGCGGCGGGUGGGAUUCUGAUCGCGGCGGGGGAGGUGGAAGAGGCAGAUCGUCGUCCAAGGCGAGGAGGGGGCGAACGAGGCUGCGGGAGUGAGACAAAGACGCCUCGCACGUUUUGCCUCCGGUUGGUUUUGUCCGUCGAGCGGUUUUCCAUGGUCUCUUUAUUCACGGCGACGCGCUCGCGACAUCUGACGCGGUCACCGCCGCCGCCCUUUCUUCAUCGCGUUUAGUUUGCUAGUGAGCCGCUCUCGCGUAGACCCGAUCUUCAUCUUUUUCGCCUUCGCUGCCGCAGCUGCCGGCGCUGACUCUGGCGAGACAACUUCCCAUACACUCCCGUUCGAGUGGUGAACGCCAUUCCUUAAGGACUCGCCGCCUCCCUCGUCCAUCUUCCGCUUCGCCGCUCGCGCAACGUAUCCGGCCGUCGUCUCUUUCUCUUUCCGAAGUCGACCGCGCCCGGGGGGGGACAUCACAUCAUCGCCACCACCGCCGUCAUCGCAUUCGAUGUCUUCCCACGACGGCGUGUACGUAUCCCCGUCGUCGACCCCGGCUUCCGCGUCGUCGUGACUGCUUUCCAUACAGCCGUCACCGCGCGUUGAACGCCGUUCCUCAAGAAGGUUCUCAUCCUCCGUAGAAACGCUCACAUCACUGGGAUCCGCGCGGGAGUUUGCCGCUGUUGCACAUUUCGUGAGACCUCUCUUUUUAGUGUCGACGCAACUCGGACAAAACCACUCGCUCUCCGGAACAGCCUUGACGUUCACGCAGGACGCGUGGUACACAUCGUCGCACCCGUCGCAAUACAUCCCGUCGUCGUCGUUCACGCCGCAGAAGCGACACGCCUCCGGGUCCUGGUCGAGACUGGUCACCAUACGACCUCCCUCACGUGUUGAACGCCGUUCCUUAAGAAGG